AUGUUCUCAACCCCAUUCGUUCUCACUUUCUCUCUCCUCCUCUCUCUCCCAAUCCUCUUCUUUCUCGCUCCUCGAAUCCUCCCUCCUCACCCCACCCCCAUCCCUAUCUCCCCCUCCGACGAACUCGAUGACAUCAACCUCUUCAACAACGCCAUCGCACAUUCCUCAGCCCCUCCCUCUUCCCCUCACCCCUCCAAAUUCUUUCACCUCUCUUCCAAAAACCCUAACCUAAAAAUCGCUUUUCUCUUCCUCACAAACACAGAUCUCCAUUUUACCCCUCUCUGGAACCUCUUCUUCCAAACAACACCAACUAAACUCUUCAACAUUUACGUCCAUUCAGAUCCUUCCAUCAACAUCACAACCAUUAACAACCCUCUCUUCAAAUUCAUACCUUCUAAAAAAACCUACCGCGCUUCCCCCACUCUCAUCUCCGCCACGCGCCGUUUGCUCGCUAACGCACUCUUAGACGAUCCCUCCAACGCUUACUUCAUCGUUCUCUCGCAAUUCUGUAUACCUCUCCACUCUUUCGAUUACAUCUACCGUUCGCUUUUUCUCUCGCCGACGUUUGAUCUAACCGAUAUCGAAUCCACGCAAUUCGGAGUCCGUCUAAAAUACAAAAGCUUCGUUGAGAUUAUCUCCAAUGGUCCUAGGUUAUGGAAACGUUACAUCGCUAGAGGACGGUAUGAGAUGAUGCCGGAAGUUCCGUUUGAGAAAUUUCGAGUUGGAUCUCAGUUUUUUUCUUUGACGAGAAAACAUGCUUUGGUUGUUGUGAAAGAUAGAACUUUGUGGAGGAAAUUCAAGGUUCCGUGUUAUCGGAAUGAUGAGUGUUAUCCUGAGGAGCAUUAUUUUCCGACUUUGUUGUCCAUGGUGGAUCCUGAUGGGGUUACUAGCUAUACGCUUACUAAUGUUAAUUGGACUGGUACUGUCAAUGGUCAUCCUCAUACUUAUCAAGUGGAUGAAGUUUCGCCGGAGCUUAUUCUCCGGUUGCGGAAGUCGAAUCAUUCCGAGUCUUAUUUAUUUGCAAGGAAAUUUGUUCCUGAUUGCUUGGAACCCUUGAUGGCCAUGGCCAAAUCCGUCAUUUUCAAGGACUGA